CGGAAGUCACUACGGGAGACUACACGCAUUGAGUUUGCAAGCUAGGUUAGCUAUUCGAACGUUAGCAUUACGUCUAACUGAAUAAGUUAUUUUCUCUCUGAAGAAAUGCCUUCCUUAAAUGGAAAAGCUGACGUUAUAUUUGAGGAUGAUGAUCUUCCAUAUGAAGAGGAGAUUAUCAGGAAUCCAUACUCUGUCAAAUGUUGGAUGCGCUACAUUGAAUUCAAACAGAAUGGACCCAAAUCCACCCUGAACAUGAUAUAUGAGCGGGCUCUGAAAGAAUUGCCUGGAAGUUAUAAAUUGUGGUACAACUAUCUGAGAGAAAGGAGGAAACAAGUCAAAGGGAAAUGCAUCACAGAUCCAGUUUAUGAGGAGAUUAAUAACUGUCACGAAAGAGCACUCGUGUUUAUGCACAAGAUGCCCAGGAUUUGGAUUGACUACUGUCAGUUUGUUGUGUCGCAAUGUAAGAUCACAAGAAGUCGGAGGACAUUUGACCGGGCUCUGAGAGCUUUACCUGUAACCCAGCAUCCACGAAUCUGGCCUUUGUAUCUACGCUUUGCUCGUAACCUUCCCCUGCCUGAGACAGCCCUGAGGGUGUAUCGAAGGUAUCUCAAGCUAUCUCCAGAGAAUGCAGAAGAGUACAUAGACUACUUGCGGUCUGUUGGUCGUUUGGACGAAGCAGCUAUGCGAUUAGCAGCAAUUGUAAAUGAUGAAAGCUUUGUGUCCAAAGAGGGCAAAUCUAACUAUCAGCUGUGGCACGAACUAUGUGAUCUGAUCUCUCAGAACCCCGAUAAAGUGACAUCUUUGAAUGUCGGGGCCAUCAUACGAGGAGGCCUCACACGCUUUACAGACCAACUUGGAAAACUUUGGUGUUCUUUGGCUGACUAUUACAUCAGGAGUGGCCACUUUGAAAAAGCAAGGGACGUUUAUGAGGAAGCCAUCCUUACAGUGGUAACAGUGAGGGAUUUCACACAAGUAUUUGAUAGCUAUGCUCAGUUUGAAGAGAGCAUGAUUGCGGCAAAGAUGGAGACCACUGCUGAGAUGGGAAAAGAGGAAGAAGAUGACAUAGAUCUGGAGCUUCGCCUGGCUCGCUUUGAGCAGCUGAUUGCACGGCGGCCACUUCUACUUAACAGUGUACUACUGAGGCAGAACCCCCAUAAUGUUCAUGAGUGGCACAAACGGGUAAAACUCUAUGAAGGAAAUCCGCGACAGAUCAUCAACACGUACACUGAAGCAGUUCAGACUGUGGAUCCAAUGAAGGCCACAGGCAAGCCUCAUUCUCUCUGGGUUUCUUUUGCCAAAUUCUAUGAGGAGAAUGAACAGCUGGAUGAUGCCAGGACAAUCUUUGAGAAGGCAACUAAAGUGAACUACAAACAGGUGGAUGACCUUGCUGCAGUUUGGUGUGAAUUUGGAGAGAUGGAGCUUCGCCAUGAGAAUUAUGAUCAGGCACUGCGAAUAUUGAGGAAAGCUACAGCAAUCCCAUCAAAGAAAGCAGAGUACUUUGAUUCGUCUGAGCCGGUCCAAAACAGAGUCUACAAGUCCCUGAAGGUGUGGUCGAUGCUGGCAGACCUUGAGGAGAGUCUUGGUACUUUCCAGUCUACAAAAGCGGUGUAUGACCGGAUUAUAGAUCUACGCAUUGCCACUCCUCAAAUUGUCAUCAAUUAUGCCAUGUUCCUAGAAGAACACAACUACUUUGAGGAAAGCUUUAAAGCAUAUGAGCGAGGGAUUGCCCUCUUCAAGUGGCCAAACGUUUAUGACAUCUGGAACACUUACCUCACCAAGUUCAUUGAUCGUUAUGGUGGCAAAAAACUGGAGCGAGCCAGAGAUUUAUUUGAGCAAGCUUUGGAUGGCUGCCCUGCAAAGUUUGCAAAGACUAUUUAUCUGCUGUAUGCCAAACUGGAAGAGGAAUAUGGACUGGCGCGACAUGCCAUGGCGGUCUAUGAAAGAGCAACACAGGCAGUGGAAACUGAUGAGAGACACCAUAUGUUUAAUAUCUACAUCAAGAGAGCGGCGGAAAUUUAUGGAGUGACUUACACCAGAGCUAUCUACCAGAAGGCUAUUGAGGUUCUUCCUGAUGAGCAUGCCAGGGACAUGUGUAUGAGAUUUGCGGACAUGGAGUGUAAACUAGGUGAGAUUGACCGUGCCAGAGCGAUCUACUCUUACUGCUCUCAGAUCUGCGACCCAAGGGUGACAGCGAAUUUCUGGCAGACCUGGAAGGAAUUUGAGAUCCGACAUGGAAAUGAGGAUACAAUUAGGGAGAUGUUAAGAAUUAAACGCAGUGUCCAGGCUACAUACAACACUCAGGUCAACUUUAUGUCCUCUCAAAUGUUGAAGGCUUCAACAAGUUCCACAGGCACUGUUUCAGAUCUUGCUCCUGGUCAGAUGGGAAUUGAUGAUAUGAAAAUGUUGGAGCAAAAAGCUCAGCAACUUGCUGCAGAGGCUGAGCAGGACAAACCCAAACCAAAAGAGAAAAUUCUUUUCGUCAGGAGUGACACGUCACGAAGUGAGUUGGCUGAGCUUUCCAAACAAGCCAAUCCUGAUGAGAUUAACAUCGAUGAGGAUGAUGAUGAAGAUGAUGAAGACCAAGGACCGGACGAAGUGCAGCUUGAGCAGAAGAGUGUUCCAACCGCAGUUUUUGGAGGUCUUAAAGAGGACUGAAAAAUAACUUGUUACAUUUUGCAAAGAUCCAGACUUCUGUAACACUUCAGUGGUGACAUCUUUUUAAUUAGGAUAAAUGUUUAGAUGUGUCAACUGUUUUGUAGAGUGAUACAGUCGGCCUUAAGAAUUAGUAUAAGUAUUUUCCUAUUACAGCUUAGUUUUUUUUUUUUGUUAAAGAGAUGGAUCUAUUUUGAUCACAUGAUGUCAGUAAUUCACUCAUUUAGGAUACAUUUUAUUGACAUAAAAUACUCUUUUUUACGGUUGGAUGUUUGCUUACACUUAAAUAUUAUCCAUGGAGUCUGUAUUCUG